AGGAGGCCGGGGGACGCCCAAGGGGCCCCGGGCGGCGGCGCUCAGGGCCCGGGCGGCCGGCGGCGGCCCCGGGGCUGGGGGGAGUCCAGCCCGGAUAUUGAGUGCAGCCAUUGAGAAAAGCCAAACUCUUGUGUGUGUGCGUCUCGAAUAGCCCCCAAGAUGGCCGCCAAUGUGGGAUCGAUGUUUCAAUAUUGGAAGCGAUUUGAUCUACGGCGACUCCAGAAGGAGCUUAAUUCCGUCGCUUCCGAGCUGUCUGCACGGCAGGAGGAGAGUGAACAUUCUCAUAAACAUUUAAUUGAACUCCGCCGGGAAUUUAAGAAAAAUGUACCUGAGGAAAUCAGAGAGAUGGUGGCUCCUGUAUUAAAAAGCUUCCAAGCUGAGGUGGUGGCCCUUAGUAAGAGAAGUCAGGAGGCCGAGGCAGCUUUCCUGAGUGUUUACAAGCAGUUAAUUGAAGCACCAGACCCCGUGCCUGUGUUUGAAGCGACACGCAGCCUAGACGACAGACUGCAGCCCCCCAGCUUCGACUCCACUGGGCAGCCGCGGCGAGACCUCCACACUUCGUGGAAGAGGCACCCUGAGCUCCUGGGCCCCAAAGAGCAGAGAGAGGGGACGUCUCCGGCGGGGCCCACGCUGACUGAGGGGAGCCGCCUCCCGGGCAUUCCCAGCAAAGCCCUCCUGACAGAAACUUUGCUGCAGAGAAAUGAGGCGGAGAAACAAAAGGGCCUUCAAGAAGUACAAAUCACUUUGGCAGCCAGACUGGGGGAGGCAGAGGAAAAGAUCAAAGUCCUACAUUCAGCGUUAAAGGCCACACAGACAGAGCUGCUGGAACUGCGGCGAAAAUAUGAUGAGGAGGCAGCAUCCAAGGCAGAUGAAGUCGGCCUGAUCAUGACCAACUUGGAGAAAGCUAAUCAGCGAGCUGAGGCUGCCCAGCGAGAGGUAGAAAGUCUUCGGGAACAACUCGCCUCAGUUAACAGCUCUAUCCGCCUGGCCUGCUGCUCCCCCCAGGGACCCAGUGGGGAUAAGGUGAACUUCGCGCUGUGCUCGGGCCCCCGGCUUGAAGCCGCGCUGGCCUCCAAGGAUCGGGAGAUCCUGCGGCUGCUGAAGGACGUGCAGCACCUCCAGAACUCUCUGCAGGAACUGGAGGAGACCUCGGCCAACCAGAUCGCGGACCUGGAGCGGCAGCUCACGGCUAAGUCCGAGGCCAUAGAAAAGCUGGAAGAGAAGCUCCAGGCACAGUCUGACUAUGAAGAAAUUAAAACAGAGCUGAGCAUCCUGAAAGCCAUGAAGCUGGCCUCCAGCUCCUGCAGCCUCCCCCAGCCCGGCCUCUUGUCUCCUCAGGGCAUGGCCAAGCCCGAAGACUCAUUGCUCAUGGCAAAGGAGGCCUUCUUCCCCACGCAGAAAUUCCUUCUGGAAAAGCCCGGUCUUCUGGCCAGCCCUGAAGAGGACCCUUCGGAGGACGAUUCCAUCAAGGACUCUCUGGGCACGGAGCAGUCCUACCCAUCCCCUCCGCAGCUCCCGCCACCACCAGGGCCCGAAGACCCCCUAUCCCCCAGCCCUGGGCAGCCCCUGCUGGGUCCUGGCCUGGGCCCUGAUGGCCCAAGGACUUUCUCACUGUCCCCCUUCCCCAGCUUGGCCUCUGGGGACAGACUAGCAGGGGACGCACUGCUGUCCAAGCACAUGAUGCCCCCGGCCACCUUUAAGGGGGAGGCAGGCGGCCUGCUGGUGUUCCCCCCGGCCUUCUACGGCACCAAGCCCCCCACGGCUCCUGCCACCCCUGCUCCUGGCCCCGAGCCGCCUGGGGCCCCCGAGCCAGUGGACGGGGGUGGGAGCAGCGCAGCCGGGGCAGGGGCCGGAGCCGAGGAGGAGCAGCUGGACACGGCGGAGAUCGCAUUCCAGGUGAAGGAGCAGCUGCUCAAACACAACAUCGGGCAGCGAGUGUUCGGCCACUAUGUGCUGGGGCUGUCACAGGGCUCGGUCAGCGAGAUCCUGGCCCGGCCCAAGCCCUGGCGCAAGCUCACGGUGAAGGGCAAGGAGCCCUUCAUCAAGAUGAAGCAGUUCCUGUCAGAUGAGCAGAACGUGCUGGCUCUGAGGACCAUCCAGGUGCGGCAGCGAGGCAGUAUCACCCCAAGAAUCCGCACACCAGAGACAGGCUCGGAUGACGCCAUCAAGAGCAUCCUGGAACAGGCCAAGAAGGAGAUCGAGUCCCAGAAGGGGGGUGAGCCCAAGAACGCGACAGCCCCACUCAGCAUCACCAACGGCACAGCCCCUGCCAGCACGUCAGAAGAUGCCAUCAAGAACAUUCUGGAGCAAGCACGCCGCGAGAUGCAGGCACAACAGCAGGCACUGCUGGAGAUGGAGGCCGGGCCCCGGGGCCGUUCGGUCCCUCCCUCGCCCCCAGAGCGGCCCUCACUGGCUGCUGUGAGCCAGAAUGGGGCCCCGACCUACGUCAAGCAGGAGGACAGCAGUGGCGGCGGUGGCGGGGGAACCAGCAGUAGUGCCACACAGACGUCCCUCACGGUCCUGUCCCCCGCGGCCUUCGUCCAGAGCAUCAUCCGGAAGGUCAAGUCGGAGAUCGGAGACGCCGGCUACUUUGACCACCACUGGGCCUCGGACCGUGGCCUGCUCAGCCGCCCCUAUGCCUCCGUCUCGCCCUCCCUGUCCUCCUCCUCCUCCAGCUAUUCUGGACAGCCCAACGGGAGGGCCUGGCCCCGUGGGGAUGAGGCCCCCACAGCCCCUGAGGACGAGUCAGCGGGGGGCGAGGAGGAGCCCCCCAGGGUGGGCGAGCUGAAGUCUGAAGGGGGCGUCCCCGAGGCAGGCAGCGGUGGGCGGCUGGCCUACUACCCCGCGUACGUGCCCCGCACGCUGAAGCCCACCGUGCCGCCCCUGACCCCCGAGCAGUACGAGCUUUACAUGUACCGGGAGGUGGACACCCUGGAGCUGACACGCCAGGUCAAGGAGAAGCUAGCCAAGAACGGAAUCUGCCAGAGGAUCUUUGGGGAGAAGGUGCUGGGCCUGUCCCAGGGCAGCGUGAGCGACAUGCUGUCCCGGCCGAAGCCCUGGAGCAAGCUGACGCAGAAGGGGCGAGAGCCCUUCAUCCGCAUGCAGCUGUGGCUCUCGGACCAGCUCGGCCAGGCCGUCAGCCAGCAGCCCAGCGCCUCCCAGGCUAGUCCCACGGAACCGAGGUCCUCGCCAUCGCCACCCCCUAGCCCCACAGAGCCGGAGAGGAGCUCCCAGGAGCCCUUGAUCCUGGCACUGGAGGGCAGCAAGGAGAACCAGCAGCCGGAGGGACGCUCCAGCUCCUCGCUGGGGGGGAAGAUGUACUCGGGCAGCCAGACCACGGGGGGCAUCCAGGAGAUUGUGGCCAUGUCCCCCGAGCUGGACACAUACUCCAUUACCAAGAGAGUCAAAGAGGUCCUCACAGACAACAACCUAGGGCAGCGGCUGUUCGGGGAGAGCAUCCUGGGGCUGACACAGGGCUCCGUGUCUGACCUGCUGUCCCGCCCCAAACCCUGGCACAAGCUGAGCUUGAAGGGACGGGAGCCCUUUGUACGCAUGCAGCUGUGGCUCAACGACCCCCAGAAUGUGGAGAAGCUGAGGGACAUGAAGAAGCUGGAGAAGAAAGCCUACCUCAAGCGCAGGUACGGCCUCAUCAGCACCGGCUCCGACAGCGAGUCCCCGGCCACCCGCUCCGAGUGCCCCAGCCCCUGUCUGCAGCCCCAGGACCUGAGCCUCCUUCAAAUCAAGAAGCCCCGAGUGGUGCUGGCGCCCGAGGAGAAGGAGGCGCUGAAGAAGGCUUACCAGCUGGAGCCCUACCCCUCCCAGCAGACCAUCGAGCUCCUCUCCUUCCAGCUCAACCUCAAGACCAAUACCGUCAUCAACUGGUUCCACAACUACAGGUCCCGGAUGCGCCGGGAGAUGUUGGUGGAGGGGACCCAAGACGAACCAGACCUCGACCCUAGUGGGGGUCCUGGUGUCCUACCGCCAGGCCACUCCCACCCAGACCCUACCCUGCAGAGCCCCGACUCUGAGGCUGAGGACCAGAAGCCUACCGUGAAGGAACUGGAACUUCGGGAAGGCUCCGAGGAGAGCAUCACACCCCCGACCCCCCAGGACAAGGCCCAGGUGAGGAUUAAGCAGGAACAGACUGAGGAGGAUGCAGAGGAAGAGGCGGGCAACCAGCUCCAGGACUCGGGGGAGCCAGACAAAGGCCACGGUUCCCCCAAAGAGGCGAAUCCUGACCGUCCGGGUAACGACAGACUCCCUAAAGUGGCCCCGGGGCUCCUCCUUCCAGGCGGGACCACGCCAGACUGCCCCUCACUACAGCCCCCCCAGGAGAGCGAGGGCGGGGAGCGGCUCCACCCGGACCCUCUAAGUUUUAAGUCGGUCUCAGAGUCCUCGCGCUGUAGUCUGGAGGUGUCCCUGAACUCACCCUCAGCUGCCUCCUCACCGGGCCUCAUGAUGUCUGUGUCACCCGUCCCCUCCUCCUCAGCCCCCAUCUCCCCAUCCCCACCCGGCGCCCCUCCUGCCAAAGUGCCGAGUGCCAGCCCCACCGCCGACACAGCUGGGGCUUUGCACCCCAGCGCCAAGGUGAACCCCAACCUGCAGCGGCGACAUGAGAAGAUGGCCAACCUGAACAGCAUCAUCUACCGGCUAGAGAGAGCUGCCAACCGGGAGGAGGCCCUGGAGUGGGAGUUCUGAAGGCAGGGGCGUGAGGGCGCGGGGCGUACCAGGGGGCCAGCGCCCCCCACUCUCGCUCACUCCCCCAGACGGGGUGGGGGAAGGAAGGAAGGAACUCAACCAUCCAAAAGGGGACAGCAGUGGUAUGCAGUUUACGGUUUUUGUUGUGAUCCUAGUUCUCUGACGUUGUGAGUGAGCGGGCGGGGCAAGUGCCACUCCCUCCUCUUUCUGGCACCCCCAGCCCCACAGAGCACCCCCUUCUCUACCCUGGCCUCUCUGCGGGAGGCGGAAGCGAUGUGGCACCACACGUUCACCUGGAAACUCCAAACUCUUUUAGAAAAAUAAAUAUUUAUAGACCUCUUUUAGAUAUUUUAAUAAAGGAUCCUUUGGAAUUUAUUCCCAGCCAAUGCUGUUUUGAUAUUACAGAGAGUUAUAAAAUCAGGAUGCUGUCACAACUGUUGCGAAGUAUACACUGAAGUUGUGUCGUUUUUGCCACUAGAUGAGAUUAAAAGAAGACAAUUGUUCAAAGCCAUCACAAAACACUCUAAGACUGACCAAAAUUUAGAUAACCCUUGAACUGCUUUUUUUUUUUUUUCUGUAUCUGUCUGUGAGACACAGCACAUUGCUACUGCCCUUCCAGAAACCGUGUUGAAAAGAGAAAGUCCAAAAGACUCUAAAUGAAAACCUCGAUGCCGUUGAGGAUGUGUUCCAUUCUGCCGGUCUGUCGUGCAGCCUCAGUAACCCUGAGCGUCCCGUGCUGUCGUAAAUGUUGUAGAGGUGUGGGCCGUGGCCAGCCCUCCUCCCCAAGACGUGACGUGGUACAAAACUGCUUCCUCGCCCUCUCGUCAGAAACCUGGGGGCUGCCAAGUUUGGACACCCAGCCUGUCCAUCUCUAGACAAGAUGUGUUUCUGGAUUCUCCGGGAAGCCAGGCGAGGGGUCAGGUGAUUGGAGGACAGCACUUGAGCCAGAAUGACCCCGCUCCCCUGAAUCGUGGCCCUGGCACAGGAAGUUUCCCCACUGGCUUUCCAGAGCAGGACUGCGGCCGCCAUCUUCCCCUCCCCAUGUUUUAAGAGAAUAACAGCAUUGGUCAUCCCAUGAGCACCCAGCACCAAAAAGUAGAUUCCUCCAACUAGAGACCCCAAUUCCCCUUCUUGCCAUCUUCGCUCUCAAGCUGACCCAGGUGCUGUUUCUGGAAGGCCUCUGCAACUCCCAAGUUAAGGCAGAACAAAAGCAAGAAGGUUGAGUUCACCACAGCAUAACCACUGUAUCCCAGGCCCUAAGUCUACCCUCCUGCCUUCCGACACAUGACCUUCUCGGGAGCGGAGACUCUAUCUCCCCAAACUCAGAGGAGCCCUUCCUCUAGAAACUUCGUCACCAGGGUUUCUGGCGGGAGAGUUCCCAGUGUGGAUGGAACAGCCACCAUAUUGGUUUUCGACGCUGUCUCUCUCUCCCGUUUUUAUUUCUUUUCCUUUGUCAAACUCUCCGUGGGAAGGCUGAAUUGGUGACUCCCCAGCUGAAACCAGAAUGAUGAUGAAAAGGUGGCCACAAUCGGUGCCAAUCCAGUGCCCUGGGGGGAGAUGGCUGAGGGUUUUCAAGGAUGCAGCAAAAUCCAGUAACCAGAAGGGGACAAUUGAGGGCUGUUCCAGAAAUCUCAACUCUCAUGCACCCAGGCCAGGCUGCAGACUCCACAAUCAAUGAAAAAGAACACAAACGCUGCAGGAAAACAUCCUUUUCCGUACACCCAGGCUAUGCAUUGAAGAGUUUUCCACUGUAUACAUUUUUAUCCAGAUGAAGGUAUUUUUAUAUUUUGACAAUAGGAAACACUGACCAAUUUUCAGAGUAAUCAAAUCAGGAACAAACGAAACAUCUCCUUUUAGCCACCACCGCCCUGUCUCAAUUAAGACGAUCGUGAGGGAACACACAACUUUCUACUGUUGAAACCCACACAACAUUGAAACCCAGGCUCACCCGCAGACUACAGAUCUUAGAGGACUCAAUCUGGCUUUUGUGUGACGGGAUUUGAUUAAGCACUUAGCAUAUAGUCUUUUGAACACGGAAAUCCUGUUGUACUGAAAGCUAGCAGACUCAUGAACAACUUUGUCAGGUUCGCGUCCUAUAACGGUAAAAACAAAACAAAAACCCACAAAACCGUUUCUAUGAGAGAUUGAUGAACUUUGUUUAAAAUUUUAAAAAGAACACGUUCUGUAAACGCGUCGCUCAAUACAGAAUUGUAUAAUAAUG